UUGAAUCAUGGACUUGUUAUUCCUUAGUCGGCGCAUUUAUUUGGGCGAUGGCAGUCACGUGGAGCCGCUGCAUGGUGGCAUCGUUGUGGACACCGAGGGCAUCAUCAAACGCGUGCUGCGCAGCCCGCAGGAGCUGAACACUUACCUCUAUAAUACGGAAUCGGAAGCUGUUUAUGACUUCGGGGACUUGCUGCUCAUGCCGGGCCUGAUUGAUGCCAACGUGCACAUCAAUGAGCCGGGACGCAAGGACUGGGAGGGCUUUGCAACGGCCACCAAAGCUGCUGCCGCCGGCGGCGUUACCACAAUCAUUGAUCGACCCACCAAUGCCACGCCCACAACGGUCAGUGUGUCAGCGCUGAAGAACAAAAUGGGCAUAGCUCGUGGCAAAAUCUAUGUCGACGUUGGCUUCUGGGGCGGCCUGGUGCCGAGCAAUGCCAAAGAGCUGCUCCCGCUGCUGGCAGCUGGCGUAAUCGGAUUGCAGUGCACGCUCUGCGGCAGCUCAGAGCCGGUGGGCGCGGAGUUUGCGGCCACCAGCGAGACGCAGCUGCGGACGGCGCUCAAAGAGCUCAGCCAAGCGGGCGAAACUGAGGCGCUGAUUGCGUUUCACGCUGAGCUGCCACUACCGCCGACAGCCGCUGACGACGACGACCACGAUGAGGAGGCGAAUCCACGUGCUUAUGCAAGUUUUUUGCGCACGCGACCCGCUGCCAUGGAGCUGGAGGCAGUGCGUCUCAUAUGUCAGUUAGCUGGCGAACAACCGCUGCGACGCUUUCACAUAAUUAACCUCAGCGCGGCUCAAUGCCUGCCACUGCUCACGGACUGUCAACGUCAAACGGGCGCACAACUGACAGCGGACACUUGCCCCCACUAUCUGGCGCUGAGUGCGGAGCAGGUGCCUGACUGCGGCACCGAGUGGAAGACCUGGCCCCCCAUACGCGAGGCGGCCAAUCAGCAGCCGUUGUGGCAGGCGCUGCUGGAGCAGCAGGCGUCGCCACUGCAGCUCAUCGCCAGCGAUCAUUCGGCGGCGACGCCAGGCGCACGUUGUCUAAUCUACGGCAGUGGGCGUGGCAACUUUCUGAAAGCCUGGCCGGGCAUUAGUUCGCUGCAGCUGAGUCUGCCUGUUGUGUGGACACGUGGCCAGCAGCUGGCGACGCCUCUGAGCCUGCCGGACGUGCAUCGUCUCAUGUGCUGGCAGCCGGCGCAGCUUUGCGGCAUUUCGCACUUCAAGGGACGCAUAGCCGAGGGCUACGAUGCAGACUUCUGCAUCUGGAGUCCCGAGGAGCAGUUCAAUGUAUGCGCCGACUCGCUGCACGCGGCCAACAAGUCGGCCACGCCCUAUGCGGGGCAGCGGCUGAGCGGCGUGGUGCAUGCCACAGUGGUGCGUGGCCUGCAUGUCUAUCAGCAGUUCGAGGGCUUUGGCCAGCCGCUGGGCAAGCUGCUGCUGCGCAAGAGCAGCCACAAGUUGGUCAAGAAACAGAAGUUUAUUAAUUGAAAGAAAUACACUGAAAAAAAGCACAAACAAAUA